AUGAACACCGAAAAGCUAAAGAAAUUGCAGUCACAGGUACGCAUCGGCGGUAAGGGCACACCGAGACGCAAGAAAAAGGUUGUUCACGUUACCGCGGCCACAGAUGACAAGAAAUUGCAAUCUUCCCUUAAAAAAUUGUCAGUAAAUACUAUUCCUGGCAUUGAGGAAGUUAAUAUGAUAAAGGAUGACGGCACAGUUAUACAUUUCAACAAUCCCAAAGCACAGGCAUCUCUCACGGCGAACACUUUUGCUAUCACCGGACAUGGAGAAAACAAGCAAAUCGCUGAAAUGCUGCCCGGUAUACUGAGCCAGCUCGGUCCGGAAGGUUUGAACCAGUUGAAGAGGCUGGCCUCUAGCGUGGCUGCGCCGAAACCACUUGACGAGGACGAUGAGGUGCCUAACCUAGUCGGCAAUUUCGAUGAGGCAUCUAAGCAAGAGGCGAAGGAGGUCAUUACAAACGAGAAAGAAAAGGAAAAGGAGAAAGUAGAUGUAAAGGAGAAAGGAGAUGUAAAGGAAAAAGGAGAAGCAAAGGAGAAAGGAGAUGUAAAGGAAGAAAAACCUGAAAAGAAAGAGGAGAAAAAACCUGAAAAGAAAGAAGAGAAAAAACCUGAACCAGAAACCAAAGCUGCAGAUAAGAAAUCCGAUUAA